GGCAUCGUAGACGGAAUCUGUGGUUCUGCAUAGCGGAAAGAGAGAGGAGAAGAGAGACGGCCCGAACUACCAAGGUGCAGGAGGGAGGAAGAUCGGGGGAGAGGAAGAGAGUAGGACGGCGAGGAAGGCGGCGACCGGAGAGGGAGAUGAAGGGGGAGCCCCUAACGCUGGAGAAGUACCACCACUUCUUCCUCGACCCGUGGGGCACCAAGAUCAGGAUCGAUCAACUCAACCAGAUCCUGCUCAUACAUGGCUUCAUCAAGCUCCACCACGGGAGAAAGGGCAGGAUCAUGGAGUGCCUGGUGGGCCAGGUGGACCUCCUGCCGCCGCGCCGCUCCACGCUGCACCAGCCGUCCGCGCCUUCCGCGGCCGCCAUCACCGCGGCGCAGGUUAGGGACGACGUCGAGGCGAUCGGGUGGGUCGAGUGCCCCAUCGGCUGCGUCGCCACGUUCGGCGCGCGGAGUGCCGACGGGCCGGAGCCGGUGGAGCGCGUGCCCCGGCCCGCCGACUUCGUCCUCGCCGGGCGCCGCCCGCGGUCCAAGCGGACGCGCCGCUCCGCGUACGGGCUGCCCGGUGACGUCGCCGAGUCCAAGAAGGUGAAGGCGGGUGCGCCACGGAACAAGGCGAACGUGAUCGUGAAGGUGGAGCGGGAGCAGGAGCAGGAGCCGUCGUCGCUGCCGGCGCCGCCGCCACCACCACCGCUGUGGAUGCGGUCUCCCACUCCGCCUCCACCGCCUUCCCCGCCGCCGCCUCCGCCAUCUCCGUCUCCGCCACAGGACGCGGCGCCGCGGCGUUCGCCACUGUGCCGGCCUCAGCCUACGUUGGCGCCGAUCCCCGCGCCAGCAGUCUGGGGCAUGCCCACGGUGCUGCCGAAUCCUUCGCAGCUGUUCUGGGGCUUGCCGCUGCCCACACUGCCAGGGCCAGCGCCGGGAUGGAGCACACAUACGGUUCCGACGUCUUACCCGGCGCCGUUCUGGGGCGCGCCCAGUGUGCUGCCGCCGCUGCCGCCGCAUGUGCUCUGGCGCUGGCCACCCACCCCGGCGCCAACAGCGCACCCGCCGAUGCAACUGCUGCGAUCACCACCUUCCGCACUGCUACACCGGCCACAACCGCAUCUGCAGGGGCAGCGGCCGCCUCCUGGGCUGCCUCAGAUACCACCGCCUCCCAUGCACCAGCACCAGCCACCGCCGCAUUUCCACGGGCAGCAUCCGCCGCCCGCUCUCCUUCAGACACCACCGCCUCCCAUGCAGGUGGCCCGCCCGCCGCCGCACUUCCACGGGCAGCUUCCACUGCCUGCUCUCCUUCAGACACCACCACCAUCAAUGCAGAUGCACCGCCCGCCGCCGCAUUAGCAGGGGCAGCAGCCGCCUCCUGCGCUGCCUCAGACACCACCACCUCCACUCCUCCAGGAGUGUCCUGGGGCAGACAGGUGCGCCCAAUUUGAGUGUUUGCUAAGAUUGAGAGAUCAGACACAUGGACGGUGAAUUGAAGAGUUUAUUUGUUGUUUGAACUCUGAAAGGUUAACAGCCGUUUGUGGCUGCCUCGUGGCUUCUGUUUUCUGCUCCUUGAUUACUAGUUUUACCACUGCUGUAUCAAACAAAAAAAAAA